GGCCUGAGCCAACUCUUGAGUCUCCCUGGUUUCUUCUGUGGCCGCGUAUUCUAUGACCAGCUAAUCCCUGAGGAAGCCGCCAACGUUUGACUCUUGUGGCUGCAUGGCGAUACCACUCCCUUCUCCCGAGUCUCUAGCUCACCGUGCUCGCCUUGCUGCGUUGUUCUCCCAGCUGCGUCCAACCCAAUUUCGCGCGCCUCUGACGAGACUACCUGCACAUCGCAUUCCAACAUUAUGGACGCUCUACCGAGGAGUCCUGCGCGACGCACCCACGGACACUAUCAGGGGGCAUAUGCGUGACUUCUUCCGCGAGCGCAAGUGUGCGCGUGAACAAGGAGACGUUACACGGUAUUUGAGGACAGCUUAUGCGCGAUGGGACGUCUUCCAAAAGGUUAAGGCGGGCGACAGACACUUCGAUGCCGUCUGCGCGCGUUACAGCAGAAUGAUCCAGGGGGCAGCCUUGCAAGCAGAGACCGGGGCUCGCUUCCGAAACGAGCUGGCAUGGCAGGAACGCUUGCGAACGCGGCCCGUUCUGACUGGUGCAUACAUCAAACCUACUAUACUCCACGGGCCCCUACCGCGAAUGCGGCCCCAGCCAUUACAUGUCACCGGCAUGAUCGUCUGGCGGCGGAAAGCGCGCGAAAGGCGGCUGGCUAAGCAAGAGCAACUGCAAGAGCAGAUGAAAUAUCUCGACGCAGAGAGCGAAUUUGAGCGAAAUCUCGCUCGAGGCUCAAACGGCGCCCCAUUUGAAGGCGCCUUCGACGUCUAUGGCGACAGCUGGCGCGCACCCAUAACGCAUGACCUCCAGGACAUUAAACGGUCCUUCGACCAAGGGCGGCGGCGGUCACGGAUGCCCUUCCCCCCUGCGCUGCUCGAGCAGAUCAAGUCCGCACGGCGCGCGAGGAUCGAGAACAAGACGCGCGAGCGCGAACGGGAGCGGCGGGGAGAGAUGACCAAUCGGCUGCUCAAGCAGAUGCGUGGGCGGCCGCCCGCUCAUAGGCUUGCGCUGAUGUCCCUGCGCCAGCGACGCAUGGAUGCGAUCGCGCGUGGGGUGAGCGAGGUCGGGUACGUCGGGCAGGUAAAGCGUGCGCUAGGUUUCAAGCUACGGAAUCCGGACGCGUGGAAAGCAGAGAUGGGUAAGCCGGAGAACAGAGAGAUGCUGGAUCGGCUGGCGAAGGAGGUAGAGGAGGAGAACGCCCGGCGCGAAGCGGAAGUUCCUACGAGUGCAGGCUAGCCUCUAACGAGAACAUACCCUCGUACCCCAUACAACAUGCAGCAUAUAAUGGAACUUAAUU